AUGUCUGGAGAUGAAAUAGAAGUCCAGUCUAACCAUAGCGAAGUUAUUCCAUUAGAAUGUAUAAGGAUUUGUGAUGUUACAACCCCUCGUGAUGGUCAUGCAAGCAGUGGCACUGAAGAACUUGUGAUUAAUACGGAGCUUGUUAUAGACAUUCAUUUGCGAUCAUUAAUUACAGAGAUUAAGAACGAACUUAAUCGAGGCAUGAUGACAAAUUUAGAUUUAAAAAACCAUAUCCAAAAGUACUUAGAGAGCAAACAACAAUCUUUAGAAAGAGUAUUUAUUUAUUUGAGUGAACGUGCCCAUCAAGAACCUAGUUUUAGCGCAUCCAACCAAGGAAAUAAGGAUGCAUCUACGAGGUUGAAUGCCCUUCAGAGGAGAUCAAAGUUACAUACACUUAUUAGUAAAUUAAUCAAGACACAGAAAUCAAAUCACGAAUGCAUUAACGUUUCAUAG